CUUGGUUUCCCCGCCCAGAAUGAGGGAGGAGGGAGAGGACUAUGUGAUACUUUCUUUCUGAGGAGGAGGCCAAAGCCUCUUCAAAAGCCGAAGGAAGAGGGGUGGUCCUCUCCGCACCCCUGCAGCCUCCUCAGCCAUCCAGUGCUCAUUGCCCAUCCUCCAGUGACAUUUGGGGGUUCCAGGCCCCUUUGGCAUCUUCUCCUUCCCCGGAGUCUUCUGGUACCAUCAUCCUGACCCACCUCAUGCCCAGCCCUGGUACUCAGACACUUGACAGGACGUCAGGGACCAAGUAUGGACUUACCCAAGUCUCCCGACCGCCCCAGCCCCCUCGUUUUGGAUCCUUUCCCUUGGGAGUUAUAAUUGGGCAGAAUGAUUAAACACAUUGUUGUGGGGGGAGCAAAAAAGAACCACGAAGGAACCGCGUGCGCCGCUUUUGGUCACCCCCACCCGUUUUCUGGCUCCUGUUCAGUGGAUGCCCCGUUCCGUUUUCUCAGCUUUUCGAGAUGUGGUCCCACCACCAUAGCCCUUUUAAGGGAGGCCCCGCCCGUGCGAAGGGGGUGGGGCAGGGGCGGAGUCGGAGGAGUCGGGGAAGGAACAAAGCGCGGCCUGCGGGCGGCGGCUGGGCUCGGCCGGCUGGGCCGCGCGGUGCGGGGCCUGCGGGCGGCGGCCCGGGCGCAGCGUUGAAGGGAAGCAGGCCGCAGCGGGGUCCGCGUCGGCCGGGCCAUGAAUGGGCUGCCCUCGGCCGAGGCGCCGGGUGGCGCUGGCUGCGCCCUAGCCGGGCUCCCUCCGCUGCCGCGCGGCCUCAGCGGUCUCCUCAACGCAAGCGGGGGCUCGUGGCGGGAGCUGGAGCGCGUCUACAGCCAGCGCAGCCGCAUCCACGACGAGCUGAGCCGCGCCGCCCGCGUCCCAGAUGGGCCCCGCUACGCUUCGGGCGCCACCAGCGCGGGACCCGCCGCCGGUGCCCCCGGUCCGCGUCGUCCGGUCAAUCUCGACUCAGCACUAGCAGCGCUGCGCAAGGAGAUGGUGGGGCUGCGGCAGCUGGACAUGUCCCUGCUGUGCCAGCUGUGGGGCUUGUACGAGUCAAUCCAAGACUAUAAGCACCUGUGCCAAGACUUGAGCCUGUGCCAGGACCUGUCAUCCUCCCUGCAUUCAGACAGCUCCUAUCCACCUGAUGCUGGCCUAUCUGAUGAUGAUGAACCUCCUGAUGCCAGCCUGCCCCCGGACCCGCCACCCCUCACUGUGCCCCAGACACACAAUGCCCGUGACCAGUGGCUGCAGGACGCCUUCCACAUCAGCCUCUGAAGAGCUGGGGGUGGGGGGAAUAUGCACCCGUGCAAAAGGCUCAGAAACUCACCCGUAGUAAGUACUCAGACUUCUAGUGCCUGCUUUCCCCCAUACCACCUCACUUGAUAGGAAGGCAAGGCUUGGGCCCCUCAGAGGCAAAAUUGCCAACCCUCUCUCUCCUGACUCUGGUUAGCUGGCGCUGGGGCAGGCACCUGGCCUACAGCCUUUGCCCGUGGCACUGGACCUCCACUUCUGGCACACGUGUGCACCCCAGCUUGGCCAACCUUCAGUCUGGUGGUGGGGCCCAAAGCAUCUGGCACUCCCCUUAGCGUCUCUGGGAUUGGGAUGAGUGCCUGGUUCCCAUCACCUUUUCACCUUUUGCUGCUACUGGCAGCUGCUGGCUCAGGGGCAUCCCACCUCUGGUCCCUGGGUUCCACUGCUCUAGACCAGGGCAUCCCCAUUCCUGCACCCACCCACGGCCAGGAGGGCCAAGGCUCCAUGCUGGAUAUUUAAGUUUAGGGGCCAGACUCCUGGGCACGGAGGUAAAUAAAUACUCUCUCAGCGUU